AUAAGGAAGAAUGUGUAUGUGUAAACCCAUUCUCUUAAACCAGCAAAGAAGAAGAACAACAACAAAACGAACAGAGAAAGCAAAAAACAAUGGCAGUAUGUGCAACUGCAGCAACAGCAGCACUGACAGCCAUUGCCAAUUCAAGCUCUACCAAAAGGCCCUGUCAGCUACAACUCCGAACUCUUAAACCAACCUCUUGCAAGUCUAACACAGUUGUUAGUCUUCCACCUUCUAACAACUUAGACAAUUCGACUAAAAAAGGGCGGCGAAAGAUAGUAGAGCUCGGAAUCAUAGGCCUUAUGGCAGCUUCUUCAAUGGCGUUUGGUUCUCCAUUAGAAGCAGAUGCUACAAGAAUUGAAUACUAUGCCACUACUGCUGAGCCAAGUUGUGAGCUCAAUGUAGUUCGCUCUGGCUUAGCUUAUUGUGAUCUUGUUGUUGGCUCGGGUGUUCCAGCCCCUUACAACACCCUUAUCAAUGUGCACUAUACGGCGAGGUUUGCUGAUGAGACUGUCUUUGACAGCAGCUAUAAACGUGGUAGACCUCUCACUAUGCGCAUUGGUGUAGGCAAAGUUAUUAGGGGAUUGGAUCAAGGGAUUUUUGGCGGAGAUGGGGUACCCCCUAUGCAAAUUGGCGGGAAACGAAAGCUUCGCAUUCCUCCAGAGUUAGCAUAUGGACCAGAAGCAGCUGGUUGUUUUUCAGGUGAUUGCAACAUUCCAGCCAAUUCAACUUUGCUAUAUGACAUUAAUUUCAUGGGAAUUUACUCCGGAAAUAGGAAGUUGACAUGAUCUUCCUUACUACUCGUAUGAUUUUCUUUGGUUAGAUUUCUCAAGAGAAUUCUGCCCAAAGUAGAGGUACUUGAACAGCAGCUUCCCGCUGCUCCAAAGGUUACACAAGAUGGAGUUUCAAGAUAUGCUUACGAAACAUUGUUCGCGAAUUUCCAUACAUAUCUUUGUAUAGUGACUAUAGUCAUAUAAUGCAACUUACCUAUGAUGCAGACAUAUCUUUUAUUUUGCUUCAAUUAAAAUGGAGCAGUGAGGCCAAAUCUCCAUUCAUCUGCACCAAAACUAACCUGAGUGUGUUACGUCCUGCUGCUGAGUUUGUAUCUUCAGAUCGUACUAGUAUAUCACAUUUUUUUCUCAAAAUAAUGUGUAUUGUGUAGUAUAACUUUUUGCUGCGGCUUAAUGUGUAUUAAAGAUAGUACAUCUAUAUCUUACCAA